AUGGUAUUCACGGACCACACAGGACGCGAAACAAAGCAAAAAACGAUGAGCUCGGAAUUCACUCUCUCCAAAGUCGACCGCAGCGCCCUCGUCUACAACCUCGAAUCGCUCGCCUCGCUGGAAGAAAGCCACAUUCUGGACUUCAAUCGAAACCGCGCGCAGCGCGACAAACGCCGCGAAGAGAAAACCGAGUUCGUCGCGAAGAUGAAAGAGCAGACCGAGCAGCUCUCGCAGGAGAUUCGCAAUCUCGAGUCGUUGACGCAAGACAUCCAAACGUACCUUCAGGAAGACGCGGCGGUUCGCAAAGCGCCGCUGGAAGCGCUGCUGCUGCUGGAGAAGUUCCAGAUCAACUAUCCGACGGAUCUAUCAGAUCUUGCCGUCGCUGCUGCAGCCGGCGAUUCAGCACGCGUUCGCGACGUGGAAUCCGCUCGCAGUGAGGACCGGGAUAACGCGGCGAGUUUCGUGGAAUUGGUGGACGAUGUGCAGUCGAUUAUUCUGAUGAAGGAAGAGGAAGAAAACGCGGAAUCGCAUUUAUUCAAUUAUGAUUGGCUGGACACGAGCACACAGAAAUACUACGACGAAAACCGCUUUCUCGUCGUCUCCAUCUUCACCGCCUCGCUGCUUCCGCGCAUCCAAGCCGCGCUUUCCUCUUCGUUCGACGCGCUCAAUCAAGACCAUCUCCUCAACUUCCAGCAAAUCCUCAGCGCCGCGCGGCAGAUUUGGGACGCCGAUGUGCUGCUCGAGAAGAUGAUCAAGCCCGUCACAGCGCGCAUUCUCUCCGCCGUACCCUUUUCUUCCUCCUUUGCUCUCUCCCAGAUCCAGAGCUGGACCCGCGCGGCUUCGCAGCCCGUUUUCUUCUUCACGUCGCUGCUUCGCUUCCAGACGCUUCUCCCAGGCUUCGAUUCCGACGUCUUUCCGCACUUCACCAACGCGCUGUCUGCUUAUUUGAAGUCGCUGGCCGAUCUGCGCGAGCUCAAAUCCGUUCUCGCCGAGCUGAAGCCUCUCUUCGAUUCGGAAAGCCCCGCUGCGCGGCGAUCGCUCUUCGCGUUGGAGAACACGGCGCUUCCCAAGCUGGUCUCGCGGCUCCGCGCGCUGCAAAUCGAUCCGAGCGACCAGCAACACAUCGACUACUUCACAUCCGUUCUGGAAUGGAGCGACUGCAUCGAUCUGGGAACGCUUUCCGCGGUGCUGGAGGGCGAGUUCUUCCCGAAAUGGCUGGCCGUUCUGUUCGAUUGGAUCCACCAGCCCGGCGUGAAUCUGCAGGAGAUCGUGAUGUGGAUUCAAGGCUGGCGCAGCCUGUUUCCGGACGAGCUGCUGCGCGAAAGCCACGUGGUGCAGCAGUUCAAUCGCUGCUGGGAUAUCGUGAACGAUUUCUUGGACGGGACGAACAAGAUCGAUUCGACGCAGUUCCGAAAGCCAGUGUCGUACUAUCGCGUGCUGCAGAAUCGAAAGAUCGAAGAAGCCAAUCGGAAACUCCGCGAUAAAUUCCAGAAGGACGCCACCGAGACCGCGACGAUGAACAUUCGCGACGCGCUGGCGAUGUGGGGCGCGAAGAACAACAUCGAGCUGUCCCAGCUGGAGAACAAGCAGAUGGACGGGAACGCGCUCUACAAGACAAUGUCACAUUUGCGAGGAUCCCGGGACCUGCAAACGUCUGGGAGCCGCGAAGCAUGCAGGAGCUGCUCAAGAUGA